AUGAGGAGUCUCAGGGGCCUGCUGCUGUUGCUGACCGCCUGCCUGGUGGUGAAUGCCAGCCCCGUGCCCACAUUGCCCGAUGACAUUCAAGUGCAGGAGAACUUCGACCUGUCUAGGAUCUAUGGGAAGUGGUUCAAUGUGGCCGUGGGCUCCACCUGCCCAUGGCUGAAGAGGUUCAAGGACAAGAUGACCAUGAGCACACUGGUGUUGAAAGAGGGGGCGACGAACAAGGAGAUCAGCGUCACCAACACUCACAGGCGGAAAGGUGUCUGUGAAUCGAUCUCUGGUGCUUAUGAGAGAACAAGCACUGAUGGGAAGUUUCUCUUUCACAAAGCCAAAUGGAACAUCACCAUGGAGUCCUAUGUGGUCCACACCAACUACGAUGAGUAUGCCAUUUUUCUGACCAAGAAAUUAAGCCGUCGCCAUGGACCCACCAUUACUGCCAAGCUCUAUGGGCGUGAGCCGCAGCUUCGGGAAAGCCUGCUGGAGGAAUUCAGGGAGGUGGCCCUGGGUGUGGGCAUCCCCGAGGACGCCAUCUUCACCAUGCCCGACAGAGGCGAAUGUGUCCCUGGAGAGCAGGAUCCAGAGCCCACUGCACUCUCGAGGGCUCGGCGGGCUGUGCUGACCCAGGAAGAGGAAGGCUCGGGGGCUGGACAACCAGUAACUAAUUUCAGCAAGAAAGAAGAUUCCUGCCAGCUGGGCUACUCACAAGGUCCUUGCCUGGGGUUGUUCAAGAGGUAUUUCUAUAACGGUACAUCCAUGGCCUGCGAGACCUUCGAUUAUGGCGGCUGCAUGGGGAAUGGCAACAACUUCCUCUCGGAAAAGGAGUGUCUGCAGACCUGCCGGACCGUGGAGGCCUGUAACCUCCCCAUAGUCCCCGGGCCAUGCCGAGCCUACGUCGAGCUCUGGGCGUUUGAUGCCGCCAAGGGGAAGUGCGGCCGCUUCAUCUACGGGGGCUGCAAGGGAAAUGGCAACAAAUUCUACUCGGAGAAGGAGUGUAAGGAGUACUGUGGCAUCCCUGGCGAAGGGGAUGAGGAGUUGCUGCGCUUCUCUAACUGA